GAAUGCUCUUCAAUCAGCCUAAUUCUCAUUAUAACUAUUAAAAAACAGAAAAACUUCUAAAUUAUUUGAGUCUGCUAAAAAUUUAGAUAGGCUUGUUGAACGGAAACCGGUUGUAAUUGUCAUGGCGCAUUGGGUUGCCUAUAUCUAGUCAAUAGCUGAGAAUAUCUGCAAUGAGGCACUUCUCAUUGUGUCCAUCGGUAUACAGGUGCCUUACAAGUGUUAUAUACCAAGGCACAAACAAUAUGCUACUUUUUUUUAGGCUUAGCGGACGUGGUAUCGGAGCCAAUACCAGAAAGGAUCUCCUUUCACAGGAUGUAGCUGUUCUAUGGCUCUGUAAUAAAGGUUUCAUGAGAUAGAUUCUGGGCAUUCCGUAUAGCAUGAGACGGUGUCUAGUCUCUUUUACAUGUUCUUCUCUCUUGCAACCAUGGGUUGAGAAGAAAGCCUUCUCUGAGGGUAAAGUUAUUCAUGCCCAUUUCAAUGAGGAAGUUCAAAGUUGUGCCAAAUACAUUUGUAAGGAAAACCCUACUCUACAUGUAUGUCAAAUUUGGCAGUUUAGCUGAUGCACGUAAAGUGUUCGACGAAAUGCCUGAACGAGACGUCUACUCAUGGACUGCUAUGAUUGCUGGUUAUUCCAGACAUGGAAUUGCCUACGAAGCAUUGGCUCUGUUUCGCCGAAUGAGAGAAACAAGUGUUUCACCCAAUCAUUUCACAUUUGCUAGUGUUCUUUCGGUAUGUGCGAAAUUGGCAGCAUUGGAAGAAGGCAUUGAAAUCCAUGAAGAAAUAAAUAGAAGGGCGUUAAAUUCAGAUGUCUGUUUGGGAAACUGCAUUAUAGACAUGUAUGCAAAAUGUGGGAGUGUUCAGAAAGCACGCAAUGUGUUUGACAAAAUGCCGCAGCUUGACGUGGUCUCCUGGAACACUAUGAUUGCCGGAUACGCUUCUAAUGGUUUUGUCUUUGAUGCUCUUAAGCUUUUUCUUAAAAUGCCUGAACCAGAUUUAAUCUCGUGGAAUACAAUGAUCGCUGGUUUUGCACAGAAUGGAUUUCUUGACGAGGCCGUUGAUCUUUUUGAGAAAAUGCCCAAGCCAAAUGUAGUAUCCUGGAAUACAAUGAUUGCAGGUUAUGUACAGAGUGGACGAGGUGAAGACGCCUUGAAGCUAUUUCAUCGAAUGCAAUUGGCGGGUGAAGAACCCAACUUGAAAACUUUUGCCAGUCUUUUUCAAGCAUGCGCCGCGUCUAGAGCCCUGGAAGAGGGGAUGGCGAUUCAUGGACAAGUAAUUCAAAGUAGGUUAAAACUUGAUGAAUUUGUUGAGAGUGCCCUUAUAGAUAUGUAUGCAAAAUGCGGGAGAAUAGAGAAGGCACGUGCGCUGUUUGAUAAAAUGGCUCAGAGAAGUUCUGUUUCCUGGAACACAUUGAUUGCAGGGUAUGUGCAGAGUGAAAGUAUGGAUGAGGCUCUGGAGCUCUUUGGUGAAAUGCCUCAACCAGAUGUUGUCUCAUGGACAACUUUGAUUGGGGGAUACAUGCAAAAUAGUCAAGUAGACGAGGCACUGAAGCUCUUUAAGGAAAUGCCCGAGCGAGAUACAACCACCUGGACUGCAAUGAUUGCAGGAUAUGUGCUUAAUGGGAAAAGUGUGGAAGCCCUGAGUCUUUUUCAACAAAUGCAGUAUGCUGGUGUGAAGCUUGGGUUACAGACUUAUACAAAUAUCCUCCCAGCAUGUGCCAGCUUAGCAGCUCUGGAACAAGGUAUAGAAAUACAUGAAGAGAUAGUGAGAAGGGGAUUCCACUCUAAUGUUGUUGUGGCUAAUGCCCUAUUAGAUAUGUAUUCGAAAUGUGGGAGUAUAGAAAGGGCACAGCAAAUAUUUGAUAAUAUGAUCCAGAAGAAUGUAAUCUCCUGGACAGCAAUGAUUGCAGGAUAUGGCAUGCAUGGCCGUUGCAAGGAGGGACUUGAUCUUUUUGAAAAAAUGCAUCGCUCUGGUGUGAAGCCAGAUGAUGUCACCUUAGUUUGUAUUCUAUCUGCUUGUUGCCAUGGCGGCCUAGUGGAUGAGGGCCUCAAAUAUUUUGACUGCAUGACAAAAUUUUAUCACAUCACACCUGUAAUAGAACACUAUGUUUGCAUGGUCGACCUUCUUGGCCGUGCUGGGCGCAUUGAUGAGGCACAUGAUUUUAUAAACAAAAUGCCCAUAAAACCUGAUGCUACUUUAUGGAGAUGCUUUCUUGGUGCCUGUAGAAUGCAUAACAAUAUAGAGCUAGGAGAAUAUGCAGCACAACGCCUUGCUGAGUUGGACCCUCAAAAUGCUGCACCUUAUGUGCUGCUAUCAAACAUUUAUGCUUCAGUUGGCAGGUGGGAUGACACUAAAAAUGUGCGAAAAAUUAUGAAAAAUAGGAUAAUAAAAAAGAUGCCUGGAUGUAGCUGGAUUGAGAUCAAUAAAAAAAUGCAUACCUUUCUUGCAGAAGACAUUUCAUGAUUUCACUCAUAAGUCGUUUCUGAAGAGUUUCAAAGAUUGUCUAUGCAGACAGGGACUGUUGUAGAUUUUCUUGACGAGUUUCUUGCAGAAGAUAUUUCAUGAUUUCAAUCAUAAGUCAUGGCGAUAAUAAUUGUCUAAAUUAUAAUGACAAUUAUAGUGAGAUUGGAUUCUCAAAAGUUGAUGAACAGAGGCAUGCACAUUGGUUUCUCAUUUCCGGAGUAUUUGCCUAUGCUGAAGUCGCGAGAGAGAUUCCCGUCGACUCAGAGGUUGCGACCAGAGUUGACGUUCGAGGACAGAGCUGCCAUUGAGGGUAUGGGCCUGUGAUAUAUUAUGUAUGUGCCUGAGUUUCGGGCAAACAUGGGGUUGCUAACUGCGCUGGUUGAGAGAUGGCACUCAGAGACAUGUACGUUCCAUUUGCCGAUGGGUGAGAUGACAGUCACCUUGGAGGAUGUUUACAGGAUUCUGCGGAUACUGAUCGAUGGGGAGCCGAUACCCUAUGAUCGAGAGGGAGACAGGGAUGCACUAAGACGAGUGUUCCAAGAUCCAGGAUUGGAGAUGAGGGUGGGACAUGUGGCGUGGGACACGAUGACAUGGACAGGAUUAGCAUUACCAACAGUACUAGCGGUAGUGAUUAGUGGGUUCC